UCGCGAGGGUAAGGGGCCGGAAGAUGAGAGGUCGGAGGUUGGAGUUUGCAGCGUGUCAGGCGGUUGAAACCGGGGUGGCUGAGAAAGAGUGGCCGGUAUUGACCACUGACAGUUAAAGGAGGCAGAAAAGGCUGUCGGUGGGAUUUAUUGUGGAACACGGGAACUUCUACGCUAACAGAAAUGUCGUAUUGCAAGCAGGAAGGUAAGGAUCGCAUAAUCUUUGUCACCAAAGAGGAUCACGAAGCGCCCAGCAGCGCUGAACUGAUAGCUGAUGACCCCAAUGACCCUUACGAGGAUCAAGGCCUCAUCCUGCCGAGUGGGGAGAUUAACUGGAACUGCCCUUGCCUAGGGGGCAUGGCCAGCGGACCGUGCGGGGAGCAGUUCAAGUCGGCUUUCUCCUGCUUCCACUACAGCACAGAGGAGGUGAAGGGCUCAGACUGUGUGGAUAAGUUCCGUGGGAUGCAGGAGUGCAUGCAGAGGUACCCCGAGCUGUACCCCCAGGAGGACGACAACGAGAGCGCCUCACCCCCCAACCAAGACUCCGCCCCUGAGCCUGACUCCACCCCCACCUCAGAGGACACGCCCCCCACAGAGAGCUCAGCCACCAGCUAAUGACAAAUGCUCCAUCGUGUAGCCUUUCCACUGCAGCCACUGAGGGGGAGGUACGAGUCUCAGGUUGCGGAUAUGCGUAUCGGCACAUUGGGUCCCACUGGCUGGAUUCAUUAGGAUCAGAAGCGGCUAAGAUGUGAAGGGAAAGAUCUCAAAGCUUUAGGAAGUCCAUGGAAAAACACGGAAGAGCUACAAUUGCCUUCAUUUCCCCUCGCCUUCCCUGCAUUUGACGUGGAGAGGAGGAUCCCCGAGAUGAAUGAAACUUUUGUUUGACUGACUGAGAGCAGCAGCACUAUUUAUGGAGGAACCUGAAAUUCUCCAGUAGUGUGUCGUACCCCGGUGCCCUUACGUCGAUGGUGUGAUGUUGCCCUUUGUAACCGUUCACAGGCUACAUACUAGUGAAAAUAGUGCAACUGGAAAUUUUUUUUGACUGAUACUUGUAAGCCUACAGUCAGACCUGGAGUUUAGUUCUAACAGCGUACUCUCUGCAGUAUGACAUUAAGCAGUUACUGGUCUCUAUGAUGCUGCUGGUUCUAGGUGAGAACACUGACUUUCUAUGCAAACCUUUCCAGAGAAGCAGGCCGGGGUGCAUGAAGUCUUUGCAGUGAGGGUCCUUAAUGCCACUGAUAAGGGGAAGAGCUCUGGGGACAAAGGCGGUGUAUGCAGAGUCCUGCAGUUUUCGUGUUUCUCUUUUCACAUUCACAGCUUUAAUGUACCAUGACAUCCUUCUUAGCCAGUAAUUAACUGUUAUUAAAUAGACCACUCUCUUGC